ACAACUUCACCUCGAAAGAACGCCCUUCGCCGGUCAGAUUGGCUCAGGUUCUUCCCCUUGCUCCGUCCUGCUACCGAAUUACAAAGCAUGAGUGGGUAGCGCUCUUGUCCAUCAAUAAUAUAUUCGCGGAUACCUUUGCUAAUUUCCCGAAGAGUUGUGCAGGUGCGCGCAGAACUCUGGUCGGAGGCGAAGCUUGUCCCUGAACAUCGGAUGACUGAAGGGAGCGAUUAACUAGUUCUGUGAGGACAGUGGUGGAACUCCAGGGGAGGGGGGUGAAGGGUGAGACAUGGAGCUGAUGGGGUCGACGCUGACGGCCACCUACGCCCGGCCCAAAUCCAGCAGCUUCCUGCCGGCCAUUUCCACCAUGGCGGCCAGCUACCGGAGCCACCAGCCCCAGUUCGCCCUGGCGCUGAACGCCAGCCUGCCCUGGAGGGCCAACGGCUACCACAAGACUGGCAGCGGCGCCAUGCCCGCCCUGGGCACGCUGCAGCUGGCCUCCCCGGCCCUGGCGCGGGCCAAGACCAUGUUUUUCCCGUCCAACAGGACGGCGCUGACCACCCGCUACACCCCGGACGACUGGCACAAGUCCAACCAGAGCCACUACCGGGAUUCGGAGUCGUCCCGGAACAGCGCGGAGCGGCUGAGGCGGGAGACCGUCCGGCUGAUCCAGGACAAGGAUCAGCUGACCCGCCGCACGCAGGAGAACACCAGCAAGAACAUCGGCGAGCGCGUCAGCGACAUCACCUUCUGGAGGUCCGAGCUGGGCCACGAAAUCGAGAACAUGGUGGCGGAGAUCGGUGCCCUGACCGAGGUCAAGAGGAGGCUGGAGAGGGCCCUGGCCGAGACCGAGGGACCCCUGCAGGUCUCUCAGGAGUGCCUGUAUCACAGAGAGAAGAGGAUGUCCAUCGAUCUGGUGCAUGACGACGUGGAAAAGGAUCUCCUGAAGGAAGUCGAGGUCAUCAAAUCGUGUCAGGAGAGGAUGAGGAGGCAUUUGGACAAAGCCAUCGCUCAGCUUGCGUCAAACAGGGCGGCGCAGCACGAGCUGGAGAAGGACGCCAGCGACAAGGUGAGCGCCUACCGCAUCGACGACCGGUGCCACCAGCUCCGGAAUCAGUCGGACGGGAUCAGUUUCCACCGGGGGAUCGAUCGGCUGGACCCCUCGCUCUCUCUUCCCGAGUCGUGGUGCAGAUUCACGGACGGCAACAUCCUGCACUCCCAGAGCGAGCGCGCCAACUCCCACAAGCUCCGCGACGAGAUCGAGAUCCUCCUCAACGCCACCUCCAACGAGAUGUGGAACCAGUUCAACGCCGUCAACGUGGCCUUCGCCAACCGCAUGUCCGAGACCGCCGACGCCAAGAACAGCCUGCAGACCCACCUGGCUAAGACCCUCCAGGAGAUCUUCCAGACCGAGAUGCUCAUCGAGAGCCUGAAGAAGGCCAUCCGGGACAAGGAGAACCCGCUCAAGGUGGCCCAGACCCGGCUGGACGAGAGAACCCGCAGGCCCAACAUGGAGCUCUGUCGCGACAACCCCCACCACAGGCUGGUGGGGGAGGUCAGGGAGAUUGAGGACACCAUACAGAAGCUGAGGGAGAGACUGGCGGAGGCGGAGACUGCCCUGCAGAUGCUGGUGAAGACCAAGGUGACCCUGGAGCACGACCUGUCCGUCAAGGCCAACUCCCUCUUCCUGGACCAGGAGAAGUGCAUGGGCAUGAGGAGGACCUUUCCCAGCACCCCCCGUCUGGUGGGGUACACAUAGAGGAGGGGCCAUGCUGGGAGGGGGGAGGCAGGGGUGAUACGGGGUCAGGCAUGCAUACACUACACCAGGCGUAAUGUAUUGGAACCUAAUAUAGGGUUCAGGACACAGACAUGGAGUAACUCAGGAGGCCCUAGUACAGGAUAGGGUACACAUACACCUGGAGUAAUUUAUGGGAGCCUUAUGCUGGGUUGGGUACAUAUAUACCUGGGGUAACUUAUGAGAACCUUAUUCAGGGUUGGAUACACAGGCUUGGAGUAACUUAUGAGGACCGAAUACUGGGUUGGGUACACAUAUAACUGGAGUAAUUUAUGGGAGGCUUAUACAGCGUUGGGUACACAUACCCCUGGAGUAACUUAUGAGGACCUAAUGCUGGGUUGGAUACACAUAUAACUGGAGUAAGUUAUGGGAGUCUUAUACAGGAUUAGAUGCACUAACCUGGUGUAACUUAUGGCAUGGGCAUGUAAUAAAAGAUGGAGCAUCGGAUGAGUGAUUGGAGAGAGUUAAUACAGCACGAGGCACUCAUAGCUCUGGGGCAACUAAUGAAGCUGGACACACACAGACCCGGUGAAACACAACUUGCACAAAGCGGGGUGUAUGAAGAGAAAUCCACGGUAGCCUUGCACAAGCUGGGAUACACAUAGAUCUUGGGUAUUGCAUGUUAGAUUAGUGUAAAGCUUUGGUUACACACAGAGUAGAUCUGUAGAAGUGCACUGCAGUCUAUUUCAGAGUGUGGACACGCAUUUCCACACUGGAGUAGAGUAUGGGUGUCUAAUAUUGGGUACGCACCUUUAGCAACACAUGGUAGUCUGUUACAAGAGAGAGAUUUUCCUGGAGUUACACAUGGAGACUAAUAAAGUGUUGAGUGCAAGCAGAAUUGGAGUAGUUCUUAGUAACUGAAUAUAGGGUGGGGCACGCAUGUUGUUUCUGCAAAAAUGUUCCCCACCCCUAAUCUCAAAACCCUUCCCCGUCAAUAAAACCAUUAAAGGACAGUGAUUUUA